CCCCUGUGCCUGCAUGUGUCUCACAUCCGUGUGACAGUUUGAUUAAUCAUCAUUGUAAAUAUUUAAGAGCAGGUUGUAGUUUUACAGUUUGUUAGGCAAUGCAAGUCUGAACUCACGGUUUCUCCUCCUGUAGCAACCGAAUACACUGAGACAAACAUGGGAUCCGCAGGACACCUCUGCCCGGUGCUGCUGGUUGUAUGUCUGUUGGUGCUUCAUCACUCCUCAGCUUUUUGGAUCCUCAACGUUGUCUUCCCACCAAACGCCAAAUCCAGAUUACCGAACAACAGCACUCCACCACUCAUUAUCGUUCCAGGGAACUUGGGGAACCGUCUGGAGGCUAAGAUAGACAAGCCAACACUGGUCCACUGGUUGUGCUACAAGAAAACUGACAACUGGUUCCCGCUGUGGAUUGACCUCAACAUGUUCAUGCCGAUAGGUGUGGACUGCUGGAUUGAUAACAUUAGACUUGUUUACAACAGGACGGCUCGGCGAUCAGCCAACUCACCGGGGGUGCAGGUGCGGGUGCCAGGAUUUGGGCAGACAUAUUCCACUGAGUUUCUUGACAAUAACAAACUGGCUGGUUAUUUUCACACUAUGGUGCAACAUUUGGUGAACGUGGGCUACACUCGAAACGAGACAGUCCGAGGAGCACCGUAUGAUUGGAGAUUAGCUCCUAAUGAGAAUGCCGAGUAUUUCACAAAGCUGCAGGGCCUGGUUGAGGAGAUGUACGACGAGUACCAGGAGCCCAUUUACCUGCUGGGACACAGCAUGGGCUGCCACUACGUCCUGUACUUCCUCAACCACCAGCCUCAGUCCUGGAAAGACAAGUAUAUCAGGGGCUUCAUUUCCCUGGCAGCUCCAUGGGGGGGCGCUGUUAAACCACUGAGAGUCCUGGCGUCAGGUGAAAAUGAUGGAAUCCCGAUGAUUUCCAACAUCAAAAUCCGUGAGGAGCAGAGGAUGGCAACAACUAAUCCCUGGAUGCUGCCGUCUGAGGAGAUCUGGCCAAAAGACCACGUGUUCAUCUCCACACCGAACUUUAACUACACACACCAGCACUACCAGCGCCUCUUCACGGACAUCAACUAUGAGGACGGCUGGUACAUGUGGGAGGACACUAAGAACCUGACCAGUGGUCUCCACCCACCUGGUGUGGAGGUGUGGUGUAUGUAUGGCGUGGGGCUUCCGACUGCGGUGACGUAUGUUUACGACGAGGACUUUCCCAACUCGGACCCGGUGGACUUUGUUUACGCUGAUGGGGAUGACACAGUGGACAGUUUAAGCAUGAGUCUGUGCAAACGCUGGGUAGGGCAGCAGGAGCAGCCUGUCCAUGUGACAGAGUACCGAGGGCUGCCCCACCUGGACAUCGUGUUCCACGAGAAGGUGCUCAACCAGAUCCAGGAUAUCCUGGAUGGCAAAUCAGAAACGCCCAAAGAGAUUGACGCCCGAACUGGAACCAAAUAGCUGAAAACAGUAUUUAAGAGUUUAAAACAC